CCUCUAUUCAAUGCCGGUUGAAGAAGUUUCGUAUGAGCUGCAGCGCGACGACUUGCCGUCCGAUCGUCAGCCAGCGUCACCGCCACCGCCACCGUCGCCGUCGCCAACACUCGGCGAGCGUCUGAAUCAGGUUGCGCCGUUCAUUGACGCGCAUCUGCGCGAACUCCGCACUGCUGCCACAGUCUCACUCGGAUUCGCGACUGUGCUGGUCGUGAUGCGUUACUCUCAUCAUGUCACGCGUUGGACUUCGACUGCUCAGGUGCCGCAGCAGGCAAUUCUAAGUCGAAAACGGAUACGAGCAGCGGUUGUUGGCGUCGAUGUUCAGCAACAGGCACUCCAAGUGUGGCAUUUGCCGCUAUGGCGCGUCUGGUUGCGCAGCUACAAUUUGCCGCCAGCGGGACACAUGGCAGGUCAGUCGAGUCUGAGGGGGGAAACAGAUUCUGGAUAUUGUAGAGCAGUGGCGAUUAUUGUUGAUCAUGAUGGAUGCGAUGUGAUUUUGACAGACACCCUGCUCGUUCGGUUUCCGGGCGUCCAGCUUGCAACAGACGAGGAGAGCGUACUUGCCUUGCACAAGGAACUGUGCAAAUCACCCCGUUCAUCCCAGCCUAUUGUGUUGAACUUUGAAAUCCUGACAACGACCAACGCAGUUCGCGAAGAGCUUCGGAAAGCACUUCCGCAGGCUUCCGCUGGAGGCCCGCUUUCGUCCCAUCUCAUCAAGUCCCCAGGACGAUUGCUUGGCGAGGAUGUAAACGCUCUACUGUGUCAUGGCUGGCGAUCGAAGGGAUUUCUUGGACGAAAAGAUGAAAGUAUCGAACACACGCUUAUCAGUGCCGGGAUUGCCACGGUAGAUCGAGAGUUCUUGACCAGCGACGCGCCUUUCGUGCAGGAGCUGCUCACUCCGUUCGAAGUGCACGAGCUGCUCGAGGCGGAGCGGCACGCAGACACAUACGAGCGUGGUAUCUGGAAGGCGGUGCAUGUUGCGCGUCGACAAGAGCAGCUCGAGCACGCUCGGCAACAGCUGUUGCGCAAUGUCGUGGAGCCAGCCGCGAAAUUGGCAUCUGCAGGUGCCAAUCUUACGGAGCACGCAAGAGCCGCAAUCGCCUCCGUGUCCGAAGCCACUGCCUCUGCAACUCAGUCUGUACUCCAACGCGGUGCAGCACUCUCAGACGCAGCCAAGUCGUCGCUGACUUCAAGCGUCGAUUCUGUCAAGUCAGCGGGUGCCUCCUUGUCCGAUGCGGCAGCCAGUGCCGCUGAGGCCAUGAAGAAGGCUGCCAGCUCUGCCACAUCAUCUGCCAAUGCAGUUGCAGGGGCGUCGGCCAGUAAACUUGGCAACGUUAGAGCCGAUGUUGCCGAGCGCGCUAAAUCCGCUGCCGAUGCAGCGGCGGAGACUGCAGCCAGUGCUGCGGCUGCACUCAAGCAACACAGUGCAAAGAUGGCCGAAAGCGCCCAAGCAGCAGCAUCUGUCGGAGAUCGAGCGGUUUCCGCUGCAUCGAGUGCCGCCGCCGCGCUCAAGCAAAGCAGUUCAAAGAUUGCAGAAGGCGCCAUGGCAUCCGUCACUGCAGCAUCGCAAAGCGCGCGCACUGUGGCCAAUGCUGCUCAGAGCACUUUGGGCACGGCUGCUUCGGCUGCCAAUUCCGUGUGGAGCGCAGCGGCCAAAGCCCUUUCACGGCAAGGUCGCAAUUCCCAACCCAACAGCGAUGCUGAAGCAUCAGACAAGAAUCAAAAGCCGCCGCAGCAGCAGCGGCCCAAAGAUUGGCCGUGAGCAUUAGGUGGUCGGCGAACAUGCACGAGGAAAUAAACAUUGUAUUUCAUGAUGAAACAAAA